AUGCAGACAUUGGAUCGUGAGGGGAGUGGGCCAGAAGUGAGCCCCAGCGUGAUGCCUGAGGCUCCCCCAGAGUCUUCACCUGCCCCGAACAAGCCCCCAGCAUUUGAUCUUUUCAACCUGGUUCUGUCCUACAAGAGACUGGAGAUCUACCUGGAACCCCUGAAGGAUGCUGGUGAUGGAGUCCGGUACUUGCUCAGGUGGCAGACGCCUCUGUGUUCCUUGCUGACCUGCCUGGGCCUCAACAUCUUGUUGCUCACUUUGAAUGAGGGAGCAUGGUACUCGGUGGGUGCCCUGUUGAUUUCUGUGCCUGCCUUGCUGGGCUACCUUCAGGAGGUGUGCCGCGCCCGGCUGCCUGAGUCGGAGCUGAUGCGGAGGAAGUAUCACAGCGUGAGGCAGGAGGACCUACAGAGGGUGCGCCUGUCUCGCCCUGAGGCGGUGGCUGAAGUGAAGAGCUUUUUGAUCCAGCUGGAGGCCUUUCUGAGCCGUCUGUGCUGCACCUGUGAAGCCGCCUACCGCGUGCUGCACUGGGAGAACCCCAUCGUGUCCUCACAGUUUUAUGGGGCUCUUCUGGGCGCAGUGUGCAUGCUGUAUCUGCUGCCGCUGUGUUGGGUCCUUGCCCUUUUGAACAGCACACUCUUCCUGGGGAAUGUGGAGUUCUUCCGAGUGGUGUCUGAAUACAGGGCGUCUCUGCAGCGGCGAAUGAACCCAAAGCAGGAAGAGUGCACCUUCAAGUGUCUGCCAUCGGACACUGCGGGGCGGGGCACGCUGCCAGACAGCUCGCCAGCCCCAACUCCCACCAAGAGUUUCUUUUCCCAGGACCUCACACCAGGCAGUGUGGAGGAGGCGGAGGAGGCUGAGCCCGAUGAGGAGUUUAAGGAUGCAAUUGAGGAGACCCACUUGGUGGUGCUGGAGGAUGACGAGGGCACCCCGUGCCCGGUUGAGGAUGAGCUGGCCCUGCACGACAACGGGUUCCUGAGCAAAAACGAGGUGCUGCGUAGCAAGGUGUCGCGCCUCACAGAGCGUCUGCGCAAGCGUUACCCCACCAACAACUUCGGGAGCUGUACGGGCUGUUCUGCCACCUUCUCAGUGCUGAAGAAGAGGCGGAACUGCAGUAAUUGUGGAAACAGCUUUUGCUCUCGAUGCUGCUCCUUCAAAGUGCCCAAGUCCUCCAUGGGGGCCACAGCUCCCGAGGCCCAGAGAGAGACAGUGUUUGUGUGUGCUUCUUGCAACCAGACCCUGAGCAAAUGA